CUUUCCUUUUCUAUUUUGUUGUGCUGCGAAUCCAACAUGCCAAAGGCACGCAAGGAAAAAGUUAACGCUGUCCAGGUUUUCGGCCGCAAGAAAACCGCCACCGCUGUUGCAUACUGCAAGCGCGGCAAGGGUCUUUUGCGAGUCAAUGGCCGCCCACUGGAUCAGAUUGAACCGAAAAUCCUGCGCUACAAGCUGCAGGAGCCGCUGCUUCUGCUGGGCAAGGAAAAGUUCGCCGGUGUUGACAUCCGUAUUCGCGUGAACGGUGGUGGUCAUGUCGCUCAGAUCUACGCCAUCCGCCAGGCCGUUUCUAAGGCCCUGGUUUCGUUCUACCAGAAGUACGUGGAUGAAGCGUCGCGCAAGGAACUGAAGGACAUUCUAACGCAGUACGACCGAACGCUGCUGGUUGCUGACCCGCGUCGCUGCGAGCCGAAGAAGUUCGGAGGUCCAGGUGCCCGCGCCCGGUACCAGAAGUCGUACCGUUAAGGUACCAACUUUUACCUAUCCGUGUUGUGUUGGUUGUCGCUCAAGCUGUCCUUCGCAUCGUUUGCCGGCAUUCGUUUCGGGUUCAAAUGAGGUGGUGUUGGCCGCUUGGGCGCCACUCGAUGUGACAAUUUAUUAUCUCCAUAAGAUUACGCGUAUAUUGCUUCGAGCAAACACAUGAGGAGAAGGAAUAAACGGAGAACAUCUGUACAAUCUUACGGAA